AGGUUGGUCAUGGUGGGUCUUUCUCUGUGAUCCCCAGGAAAACGUUUCCCGUGUGGCCGUGGCUGUCCUUCCACUCGGCCUCCUUCAGUUUUCAUUCCCAUUCCGUGUUCUGGUCUUUGCUUGUUCUAAAAGUUUAAUGGUUGUUUAUCUUAGAUACCGGCAGCUUUUUUCUCUCUCUCUCUCCAUCGAAAGAGGAUUCUUGCUCUCUGCUUGGCUGUCUUUUCUCUUCCAGAACCUUUGCCCUUCCACUGUCAAAGAAUCUUACUAGAUCAAUGCUAUUUUUCCAAAAGUAAAGGAAAUGAGAACUGCUGCUUUAUCAUUUUAUAUAGGUAUUUUAUUAGGUAGCACGAUACAUAUAUAUAUAUGUAGUAUGUCAACUACUUCCAUGUUUUUAGUGAAGAUAAUAUUCAGAUUUUGUAAACAAAGAAGAAAUCAAGGAAAGGCUGGGAUUGGAGAUUGCGUAUCUUUUUGCCCAACGGAUUAAAAGUCGGAUUCAGUGGACAAAUCCAUUGGAACAAAUCUACUUCUCCCACUUCUGAAAGGGUGGAGGGGGAACAAUUGCCAGAACUCCAGUAAGGAGGGGGGAGGGGCUGCUCUAGAAUUGCAGCGCUGGGCUGGGGACUUCCGGGCCCUUCCAUGCCCAGCCCAGGCCUUGAGGAGCUGAGAGGGCAGAGGCCUGGCCAGCUUAGUCUUUCCAUCCAGGCUGCAGGCAUACAUGACUGGCAGGUGUGACCCCCCACCUUCCUCUAAUUCUACAGGAUGGUUCUUCCCUGCUUCCUGUCUCCCUGUCUCCUUGGCCAUUGCCCUGUGCUUUGGAGGUUCUUCUGAGGGUUACCAUGGCAUCCGUGGGCCUUUGCACUGCACUGCAGAGCCUCUCCCUUUGCUUGAUCAUCUGCUUUUUCUUACUGUCCUGCCUUGGGGGGGGGCAUGGAGUGGUAGUUGGGGCUGUUGCUGCCUGGGAGAGGGUCUCUGAAGAGACGCUCUCCCUCUCCCCAGCCGCCACCGUCACUCCCAUUGUGGCUUCAGCUGGGUGCCUCCACCUUCCUUCCUCUCACUUGGCCUGAAGCCCCAGAAUUCCCUCUGCACAGUGAGUGAGUCCGAGCGCAGCAGCGGCACUUCCCUCUAAGCUUCUCCGGACGCUCUCUGUGCUCGGGAAGAUCUUGUGCCUCCCUCCCAAAGGGCCCUCUAAAGAAAGAGCUGGAAGGAUUCGAGGUGACUGAGCUGGAAAGGGGGGGGGGGGCAGCCUUUCUCCUCCUCAUUCCUGGUCCUGGCUCUCAAGCGCUUGAGGCUGUUUGAGGCCUGCUCUUCCCAGGCCUGGCUUAGCCCCCCACGGGGGAGGGCAGGAGCCAGCUCACCAACGGGCAAGCAAGGAGCAGGACGCUCGCACAACUUCCCAAUGGGAUGGAGCUCCUAGGUCUCUGGUUCCCGAGUGUCAAGGGGGAGCUCCUCUGCAGGUUGCAGGUGGCUGGGCCGGGGUGGCCUGCCCUCUUCCUGCUUCUGAAUCUGCUGGAGAGGUGGGCUCAUCUUCAGGGACUGAGGAAUUGCUCCUCCCUCCAUCCUCAACGGGCGCCGGAGGAACCUUGCAAGGAGACUGGGAAACCUGCAAUUUGCCUCGUUAAUUCUUCUGAUAAGGAAUUCGGAAACGCCAGUCUACUCAGGCAGCAGCUGAAUAAUAUGCGCUUUCAUAAUCUGUAUUUUACAGGAGUGUGUUGCCAGGGCAACAGAAGCACUAGGACCGCCCCUUGCUGAUCUCAAAAGCAGAAUGAAUAAGGAGGCUCUCCAGGCUGGAAAACUGGCGGCCAGCCGGAAAGAUUGCAAGAGGAACCUGGAGAUGCAGAUGGAAAGGGCUCAUCUGAUGGGACAGGAGCAAGUCAAACUGCAUGGGGAUUCGGUGGAAGGGCAGAGCGUGUGGUCAGGGUUCCAAGACACCUGGCUGCAGAGUCCAAGCAAGGCUGCCCUCCCAGAGCAGUGGUGGGGCGUCCGGGUAGCCGUGCAGCAGCUGCAGCACGAGAAGGGUGACCUGAGCUGGACGCACGGACAGCCUCAGGCCCUGGAGAUGCUGUUCCAGGAGUGCCAGGCUCUCCAGGCCCAGCUCCGACAGUCUAAGGCAUUGACCCAGGAGCCAGAAAGGGAGGGCGCUCUUCAAGCUGAGCGGCACCGGCACCCGUGGGAGCAGUUGAGGCAAGCAGCGGCUUCUGUCCAUAUGCUGGAAAACAGCCGGGAUCUCUAUAAGAAGAAGUACCGAGCUGCUCUGGGCCGAGUUGGUGAGCUAGAGAGCCAGGUGCUUCGUCUGCAAGAAGAGGUGGUCAAUCUUUGGAGCAGCGGCCAAGCAGAGGUCAGCCUUGGGCAGCUGAGUGCUCGGGAGAUGGGCUGGGCUAUGCAGCUCACAGGCCAGCAAGAGCAGACCAUCCGGGAGCUGCAGGGACAAUUGGCAGCCAGCCACAGGAAGUUGCUGCAGCAAAAGGAAGCCCUGGCCGCCCUGCGCCGAGAGUUUGCAUCCUACAAGUCGACUCACAGCUGCUCCAACACAAAGCACAGGAAACAGAGGCUCAGCCAGGCGAUGCUCCGUCAGAAGCUCCAGCAGGCGGAAGAGGAGGGUUUGCAGCAGCAGGCGGAGGCCUACCAGGCCCUUGUGCAGGAACUGAAGCUGCAGCUGGCAAGGGAGGCCGAGCAGAACAGCAGCACCUUGAAAGAUCUGGCUCGCCUGGAACUGGCUGUGCAGAGCCUGUGCCAGGAGCCAGCGCCAGAGCAGAGUCGGCAGCUGCAGCACCACACCUGCCCAGCGCAGGGCCUGCAGGAACAAAGCCACCCUGUGCUGGGUGCACAGAAGGAAUGGGAACCAGACAAGCUCCUUCAAAGGGCUAAUUGCAGCCUCUUCUGGGACCAGGCCCAUCCCUUGAAUGCUGCCUCACGGGAGGCCUCUUGGCCUGGUGGGGCUCCAGUGCUGCAGCCGAGGAGGCCCGAGAGCCCGGAACAGCCCAGGAGGGCGGCACUGGAGAUGGCCCAGGACCAGGCGGUGGAGAGGGACCUGGAGCUUCAGCGCCUUGGGGAUGUUGGCUGCCCGCCGGAGUUUCUCCUUGGAAGAGGCUGCCUAGCUGGAGCAGAGCUGGAGCACGAAAGGUCUCUUCCCUGGGCUGAAGUAGGCCAGGCUGGGAGGGGACGUGCCUUUGGGCUGGGGGGGGUGACUCACUGCUUUCUUCUUAGCUUCUUGGGAGGAGCCUCUGGCAGAGAACGGCUGAAGGCGCUGAGGGAGAAGCUGAGCAGGUCCAAGCAGCCGCCUUUGCAGGCAGCAUCCAUGCAGGAGUUGGAGAUGCUGCGGCAGCAGUUACAGGAGACCGAGAGGCGAGGGCGGGCCCUGCAGGCCUCCGUGGCGGAGCAGACGGCAGAGCGCCGUUCUCUGCAAGAGCAGCUGACCAAGCAGACGGCUGUGCUGGGGCUGCUGCAGGGACACUUCAGGCAGGCCCGGCUGCAGCUGAAGCACCAGGCAACCGCUAUAGAAUCCUUACGAGUCUCCCUGGAGGCAUCCCACGCCGGCCAUCGCUGGCUGCACCAGGAGAGCGAACUGGUGGUGGCCGAUCUUUGCCAGUGGGUGAAGGAGCAAAAGCAGAUGAAUGAGGAGCUGGGCCGCAAGCUCCGAACGCAGAUCAAGCAAAUUGCCCAGCUGACUGGCGAGAGAGACCUUCUGCAUCAACUAUUAGAGAGGCUGCAAGAGGACAACCGGCGGCUGAAGAACGAAGUCAACGAGAAGCGCGUUGUAUGUGAGCGCAUCAAGGCUCUCCACAACAAUGAUCUGGAGCCACGGGCUGCACUGCAACAACUCUGGCACAUACUCCUGUUGUGAACAAGUGGGCUGCUUCUAUUCCCCACUUUUCCAGGGGCCCCAGCCAGAGAAGGCGGCUCAGGAGCAGAGGCAAACCGUGUGCAGAAGAGCUGGGGUCCCUUCCUGCAGCCCAGGCUUUGCUGUCGAGGGAACUCGCC